AUGCAAGCCACCUCCGCCGCCGACCAUUUACCGUCACCGCAGCAGCAUCAUCCGGGGGCAGACUACACCACCUGGGCCAGCGACAAGAAGAUCAAAGUCGGCGACACCCUCGUGUUCAACUACGCCGGCGGGGGGCACAACAUGGCGGAGGUGAGCGCGGCGGACUAUGCAUCAUGCUCCGCCGCGAACGCGCUCAGCAGCGAUGGCAGCAGUGCCACCACCAUCGCGCUCAAGACCGCGGGGAAGCACUACUUCAUCUGCGGCGUCACCGGCCACUACAGCAACGACAUGAAGCCCGCCGUCGACAUCGCCGCCGCCACCACCGCCUCGCCGCCGAAGGCGUCCCCGACCCCGGACACCCCCGACACCCCCUCCACCACCCCAACUUCGCCAUCCACCCCCGGCGCCACGCCCAAGACCCCGGCGACCGUGCUCGCGCCCCCGACCAAGCAGUCGGAGUCCGGUGCCACCGGACUCAGGGCCAUUGGCGACGGACACGACAGGAGCCUAUGCCACACUACCAGCACCGACAGGAGGUGGAAGAGGAAUCGGAACCGCACCGCCACCGGGCAUAUUGGAAUGCCCGUGGUAAGGGCGCUGGGAGCCACAAUGAAUUGCAUGGGUCGUCAUUGA